CGGUGGCACCGGAGAGUCCCUGAGGUGCAAGCUUCCUGGAGGCGCCAUGAGCUGCAUCAACCUGCCCAACGUGCUGCCCGGCUCCCCCAGCAAGACCCGGGGGCAGAUUCAGGUGAUUCUAGGACCCAUGUUCUCAGGAAAAAGUACUGAGCUGAUGAGACGGGUCCGUCGCUUCCAGAUUGCCCAGUACAAGUGCUUGGUGAUCAAGUAUGCCAAAGAUACUCGGUACAGCAGCAGCUUCUCCACGCAUGACCGGAACACCAUGGAGGCACUACCAGCCUGCCUGCUCCGGGAUGUGGCCCAGGAGGCCCUGGGUGUGGCUGUCAUAGGCAUCGACGAAGGGCAGUUUUUCCCAGACAUCGUGGAGUUCAGCGAGACUAUGGCCAACGCUGGGAAGACUGUGAUUGUGGCCGCACUGGACGGGACCUUCCAGAGGAAGGCAUUCGGGACCAUCCUGAACCUGGUGCCCCUGGCAGAGAGCGUGGUGAAGCUGACAGCGGUGUGCAUGGAGUGCUUCCGGGAGGCCGCCUACACCAAGCGGCUAGGCUCGGAGAAAGAGGUAGCCCCCACCUGCCUGCUCCGGGGCGGGGGGCGGGGUGAGGCCCGGAGGCGCUGUGCCCCCUCUCAGUCCGGGCCCUUUGCGUCCCGUGGCCAGGUCGAGGUGAUUGGAGGAGCAGACAAAUACCACUCCGUGUGCCGCCUCUGCUACUUCAAGAAGGCCUCGGGUCUGCCCGCCGCACCGGACGGCAAGGAGAACAAGGAGAACUGCCCGGUGCCGGUGCCAGGAAAGCCAGGAGAGGCGGCGGGAGCCCGGAAGCUGUUUGCUUCCCAUCAGAUCCGGCAGUGCAGCCCCGCCAACUGAGGCUCCCUGUCCCGCGGCCGCCCACUGCCGGCCCCCCGCGCAGCCUUCCGCCACGAGGAAGUGGGGGUGGGGCGAAGACGGGACUUUGUGCCUCCCGCGGUGCAGGUCCUGGGCUGGUGGUCUGCACAUCCCGUUUCCCCCUUUCCUGGUUCCCUUCCCGGCUGCUGGUCCACUCGUGAGCUCAGGGCCUGGCUACCGCAGUGACCAACCCCCGCCUGUGGGGUGAGGGGCAGAACCACACACUGGCGACAUCGGGGCCCAUGGCCUCUUCCCCCUUGUGGCUUUCGCUGUUGAGUUUCUGUUCUCACUGGGAAGUCCGUGCGCCGGUACCUCCGGCUCAGACCGAGCCUCGGCCCACGCAGAGGUUUCUGUCUCUGCUUGGGACUGACUCCCGGCCCCCAAGGGUGGCUGGACUGGUGCCCUCCUGCUUCCUACACUCCGGUGAUCAUUUUCUCCAGAACUGCAGCUUUUCUCACAUGGGAGACACUUACCCUGCUGGGGCUCAGGUCCCAGGGACUUAAUCUUUUAAAGUGUGUGUGUGUGUGUGUGUGGAGGGGGGGGUGUUAGGGGCAGAGGUGGCUAGGGUUAGGGUCUAUGAUUCUGUUGUAGCUUGUGAAUUAGUAACUAAUAUUAAA